UUCCCAAUUUUUGGAACGCCUGCCAUCAUUAAGCUUGGAAUUCUGUCAAUAUUUUCAAAAUGAAUGGCUAGGCAGGGAAGAAUCGUGGGCAUAUUGCUACAGGAAAGGGAUGGGAAUUAAUACCAACAUGCUGGUGGAGGCAUUUCAUCGUGUUUUCAAGUAUAAUUACCUGAAAGGGAAACACAACAGAAGAGUUGACAACUGCUUGUUCAACCUCCUGAAGUACACCCGAGAUAAACUGUUUGAGAGGUUAAUAAAACUGACAAAAGGAAAGAGCACUAACAAAUUGAAGACCAUACAAGAUCGCCACAACAACAGCAAAGGAUUGAAGAUUGACAGUGUUCAAUGCGUCGACGAAUCAAAAUGGCUGAUAAAAAGUGAAAAAGGUUCCGACACAUAUACAGUCACCAAGCAACACCAGCAUACAUGCACAGACACAUGUCAGUUACGAUGCACAGAAUGUAGCACUUCAGUGUGCAUACACCAGUAUACAUGCACCUGUCAUGAUUAUCUCAUUCAGCACACCAUAUGCAAGCACAUACACCUGUUGCAACACUUUUUAUCUGUUGACACCAAACAGACAAAUGAUAUUGCAAAUGAAGUUUUGAACAGUUCGCAAUCGCAAGAUUUUGUACCUGAGGAAUUGGGACUUUUAACAUCACAUCUCCACAUGCAAAAUAAGGUGUCAAAUGAUAUUGCAUCCCUUAAACAAGGCAUCAAAAGGAAACUUCUUACAUUGUCAGAACAAAUUGAGUCAUGUACCAACAAAGAAGCAUUGCAACAGUUAGACAAACAAAUCAAUGCUGCACAGAACGUCUUUUCAUCGCUGCAAAAGCAUCCAUGCCUCCAUCACAAGAUGCAACCAAUAUCUAACACACCAGCUAAUAAAAAUAUUGAAAAGCAGAAAGGAUUUCGAUCAACCAAGAAAAAAGCCAAAACAACCAACAAAUCUAGAUUGACAAAACCAAGCAAAGAAGAUAUCCUUUCACUCUUUCCAAACACUAAUGAUCCUGAUGAUGUUCAAGAGUUGCUUAGUUGCUUUGGUGUUUCAAACAAAUUAAUCAAGAUGGUCAUGGAGACAAACAAGCCUCUUUCAGAGAAAGACAUCCACCUUGACAAAAAACAUCCAUCAGAAGAAGCAUUGAAUUUCAACAUAAUAUCCAUCAAACAGUACUUAGAUCAAAAAGCAUGGGAAAAAGUUGUCAACUCAUUUCAGAAAUUACAAGAAGAGUGGAGGUGCUCUACAUGCAACAAAGCUAGCUGUGAAGAUAUGAUAAUGUGUGAUUCAUGUUCAACCUGGCACCACUGGGAAUGUGUAAAAAUCAAAAGUGAACAUGAUGAAUGGUAUUGUCAAAUAUGUGAAAAUCUAAAUCAGGAUAUGUCAUCCAACUAACAAUAUCGAAUUGACAAUUAGGGAGACAAUUGUCAAUCAUUUUCACUUGGCAUUCAUGUUUAUGUUAUUGACAACUUUUAUUAUAUUUGUAAAGUUGUAUAUUUUUUGGCAUUCAUGUUUAUGUUAUUGACAACUUUUAUUAUAUUUGUAAAGUUGUAUAUUUUAUAUAAUUAUGUAACAAUAUCGAAUUGGUAAUUAGGGAGACAAUUGUCAAUCAUUUUCACUUGGCAUUCAUGUUUAUGUUAUUGACAACUUUUAUUAUAUUUGUAAAGUUGUAUAUUUUAUAUAAUUAUGUAACAAUAUCGAAUUGGUAAUUAGGGAGACAAUUGUCAAUCAUUUUCACUUGGCAUUCAUGUUUAUGUUAUUGACAACUUUUAUUAUAUUUGUAAAGUUGUAUACUUUAUAUAAUUAUGUAACAAUAUCGAAUUAGUAAUUAGGGAGACAAUUGUCAAUAACUUUCACUUGGCAAUUUAUGUUUAUGUUAUUGACAACUUUUAUUAUAUUUGUAAAGUUGUAUAUUUUAUAUAAAUAUGUAUAAAUAGGGAGAAUUAUCAUAUAAAGCAGCACAGGAAGCAAGCCAAAAUGA